UUUAUUAAGUGCCUAUUAUGUGCCUAGCUCCUCGCUAAGCGCAGGCAAUACAAAGAAAAGCACAACAUAGUCCCUGUUCUCAAGGACCUCAAAUGGGGGGAGACAACAUGCAAAAGACUACGUACAAACAAGACAUGCAGAGCACAAAUGAGAGAUAAACAGCAAAGAGAGGGCACCAGCUUUGGGGCUCCUUGCAAAAGAUGGGAUUUCAGGGUGAGUUUCUGGCCUUCCCGUAGUCAGAGACCGCUUUUCCGCUGCCUUCUCAGCAAGGACUACAAUUCCCAGCAGGCCUUGCGGAGCUGAGGGGGCGGGGACAGGGCCGGGGCCUGAGUCCGGCGCGCGCGACAGCGGCGCUAGCGGAAGCGCGCGCCGGCGGAGAAGCCUACGGAAGCGGCGAAGAUGGCUGGCGCCACCGGGUAUCAACAUUGAUGAAUAUAAAGGAAUUACAAGAUUUUCCUCCUUUUUCUUUGGAAAAUUUAUGUAGUUUUUUCCUGUCUUCAUACGUAGUACCUCUUCUGCCCUGCUAUAAUUCAUUAAAAAAAUGGUAGUAUUUUGAUUGAGGUGGCAUCAUGCAGCCUGAUAUUGAGAGAUACAGACCUCGGGCCAGAAAGCCAGAUAUGGCCCUUUAUGUACCCAAAGCUCGCAGAGGUUCAGUGCUUCCCAUAUCAAGUCAUCAGGAAAUGAGCUAUAGUCAUCUGAAUGCUGUAGUGAAGCAAGGGCAAGAAGAAAGUCAUCUGCCCUCGAAGAAUGAUGUCUUCAGAGUCAGUUGUGAACUUCAAAGACCUAUUAGUAAUCCUAGCAGACAAGAGCACAAGGCCAGGGAUGGAAAGAGACCUAAUUCAAAAUCAAAAAAAGGCACAUACUUGAAAGAAAGAAACAAAGGAAAAUUCCAUACUCAAAAGGGAACUCCCGAGUCCAAAGAAACAUUCAACAAAAAUCAACAAAAGAUCCCAAAUCCUAGUAGUUUUUCCAAAGUACCUUCACAAAUACAUUUUAAACCAAAGAAAGAAGAGAAAUUUAUGAAUUCCAAAACCAGCAAUAUUUCAGUACCACAAGGACUACUUAUAUCACAAUCUAGUACAGAAACCUGUGAGACUCAGGCUUCCAGUAAACCAUUCCAAAGUGUGAAAUUAUGUGAUUUCAGGAAGGAAGAACUAAGUGGAAUGAGUUAUGCAGAAGGAAACUUGAAAAACCGUGUUAGUACUGAUUGUAAGGUAGUAGAGAUGGGAGCUAGUUCUCAGUUUUUAGAUGAGCCGGUAGGUUGCAGUCCUCUUUUGAAUCCUGACAAUGUGUUGGCAACCGCACAGCUAAACUCACAUUCUGAAAUUGUUCAAGAAGUUAUCCAUACAACAGCUGGCAUACCACUAGACAACGAACCUAAGAAUGUCAGUGACCUAACUGAUGCAGUGUUCCUCAGCAGUGCAGCUGGCAUCUUAGAUCAGACAAGUGUGCAUAGCAUAUCUGGGGUUGGGGAUCCUGUCUCUGACCACGUGCACAUAGUCAGUAUAUUAGAGAAUGCCAAUGAUGUUGUGGAUCCAACUUGCAUGAGUGGAGAGUCUGAAAAGAAUGGUGACCCUGCUGAUGAGUCGAAUGUGUGCUAUGAACCUGAUAAUUUAAGUGACUUUGCUGAUGAGACAUCUACAGGUAGUGAGCUGGAGGAUGACAAUGACAUCACUAAGCAGGCAUGUAUGAGCAUUACAGAUGCUAUAUCUGAUGAGACGUGUGUGGGCAGCACCUCGACAAUUGUGGGUGGAAUCACUGAACAGGCUUGUAGCAGCAUAAACAGUUUGCUAGAGUGUAUGGGAGUAAGUACUUAUAUAACCCCUCUUCUAGUAGCUAACAGCUUCGAGUGUGGGAAUGAAAACUCAAGCAACUUGACAGUUUGUACAGACGGUUACGUUGAAGAUAUUUCAUCCAGUUAUCAAGAGUCAAUGGGAGGACUAACAAAGGCCUUGUCAGAUUGUACCUCUUUGAUACCUAUAAAGAAGGAAGCAUCCAGCAAUCAUGGUUCCUGUGCAGACUCUGAACUCUGCAUGUUAAAUAGGACAGAAUUGCUUUCUAACAAGGCCUUGAGCAGUGAUCUGGAUUGUGCAGAUGACAUCACAGAGUCUUUGAAUAAUCUAAGAACUGGUGAAGAGUUCCAAACAGGUGAGGAAAUCAACUCUGGGAAAGUAGAAUAUACUGUAUCUUCAGACAGACAACUGGAACUGAAAGCUCCUCAUCCUUCCUCCAGUGAUGAAAGUGCUCCUGCAGAGGAGAGCUGGGAUUCUUUGUUUAAUGAUGAUGGAGAUUGCCUGGAUCCGCACCUUCUAGAAGAGUUAUCUGGGAGUUCGAACAACAGGAAGAGUCUCCAGGAACCUAGAUUUGAUUAUUACAACUAUGAAGCUCGUGAACUUGAUAUCAGCGAUUGUGAACUUCCCCAUGUCAUUGAAAUCUAUGACUUUCCUCAGGAAUUUCGCACCGAAGACCUCCUACGUGUCUUCUGCAGCUAUCAAAAGAAAGGAUUUGAUAUUAAGUGGGUGGAUGACACACAUGCUCUAGGAGUGUUCUCCAGUCCGAUUACAGCUCGUGAUGCCCUGAAUAGUAAGCACAUGAUGGUAAAGAUCCGGCCACUCUCUCAGGCCACAAAAGCUGCCAAAGCCAAAGCAAGAGCUUGUGCCGAGUUUCUCCAGCCAGCCAAGCCACGUCCUGAGACAUCUGCUGCCCUGGCCCGAAGGCUAGUAAUCAAUGCCCUUGGGGUGCGGAGUCAGCGUACCAAAGCAGAACGGGAUGCAGAACUCAAGAAACUGCAGGAAGCCCGUGAAAGAAAGCGGUUGGAGGCCAAGCAACGGGAAGACAUCUGGGAAGGCCGGGACCAGGCUACUGUCUGAACAUCACCCAAAGAAAGGGAUCGUUCCACAGAUUCAGAAGGCUCCAGGCUAGAAGACCCUUACUGAAUUUCCUUUGUGUGUGAGAAAGACAGAGGCUGUGGAUUCAGAGAGAAAGUAAACUUCUCUGUCUUGGUGGCACUGCUUCCUAGACCUGGAAGGAACAGUUUGGAAUCACUCCACAUGGAAAAUAGGAGGAAGCAGUGUUCAGCAACGAGGAAGAAACUUGGAAGAUGAUGCCCCUUCAGAGAGUCCACUGGGCAAGAGAAGCCAUCGAUGUGUGAACGAUUUACCUGUGAAGAGCUUAACCCACCUAAUAGCAGAACAGAAGAAGGCUAGAGGAGUCACCAGGGCCCCAGGCCAGAAGAUACCAGGACCUUGAUAGGAAAGAUAUAGGCCCUGAAAGACAUCCUCCAGCCCCUCUUCCAACUGUGAGCAGAGAUGUCUGGACAGUCAGCAGAUGUAGGUGAAGAAUCCAGUAUUCUCAGGGUGCCCGGAACCAGAAUUUUAGUGCUGGCUCCUUUUUAAGGAUAGGUCCAGAGCCCCAUAGCUGGCUGACAGCAGCACAUGUUAUGGAUGUUUGGUCUCAAGAGUUUCAGCUUUGCUGAGAGCCUGCCCGCUGCUGCUUCUGUCACAUGAUAGCCGGGGUGUGCCCACGGCACAGUGGCCACCAGUGCCUAUGUAAACACUGAUGUCAUGAUGCAUUAAAUCUAUUUCCUCACA